AUGUCGCAACAACUCCUUGAAGAUGUGGUAAAGCGACUUGUCGCGCAGGACAGCGAGUCCCGCGCAAAGGCCGAGGCGGCAACGACAUUACGCGACAACCUCGACGUUUUCACAUCCGGCCCGUCCUACCCAGUCUUCCUGAAGCGGGUCAUGCCCGUCUUUAUACUCAUUCUUAAUGGCCCUUGCAUAUUCCAGAGCACAUCAAACGAACAGAGGCUCCGGAACACCAUUCUCGAGAUCCUGCAUCGAUUCCCUACAGUCCCUGCUGCCGCCGAGCCUUUCGAGCCAUACGCGUUGGAAACUGUCGAACUAUUGAUGAAACUCGUCCGGACAGACAACGAAGAAAAUGCAGUCAUUUGCGUCAAAGUCGUGUCCGACAUCAUGCGAUUCCAGUCCAAGGUCGUCGCGGGCAAGGUACAGGAGUUUCUGAGCCUGAUCCAAGAGCUAUUCGAGCAAAUGGAGCGGGUCGUGAGGGAGCAGCUUGACAACGAGCCCGCGACCGGGGCAGGAGGACUGCCAUCUACCCCAGGAAGCACGCAGACGAAUUUCCAUCAGCAUCAGUCACCCCGACCAGGCUCGCCCACUGCAACGACGACUGAAUUCGGCAUCGACCAGCCGACCGCUCGGCCGCUGCUCAAGGGAAUGCAAUCAUUCAAAGUCCUCUCAGAGUGCCCGAUUAUCGUCGUCUCAAUAUUCCAAGUCUACCGGAACACCGUGCCGCAGAACGUUAAGGCCUUUGUUCCGUUGAUCAAGAGUGUUCUGUGUCUACAAGCGAAAGCUCAAGAACAAGCACAUACUGAGGCAGCGUCCAAGCACACUGUGUUCACCGGUGUCAGCCCUAAUAUCAGGAAUCGGGCAGCUUUCGGCGAGUUCAUCACAGCACAGGUCAAGACGAUGAGUUUCUUGGCAUAUCUACUGAGACAGUACUCACAACAACUGACGGAUUUUCUGCCUACUUUGCCGGACAUUGUGGUACGACUGCUGAAGGAUUGUCCGCGAGAGAAAUCGAGCGCUAGGAAGGAACUUCUUGUCGCCAUCCGUCAUAUCAUCAAUUUCAAUUUUAGGAAGAUCUUCCUGCCCAAGAUCGACGAACUCUUGGAUGAAAGGACCUUGAUAGGUGAUGGACUCACAGUAUACGAGAACAUGAGGCCGCUUGCAUACAGCAUGCUCGCAGAUCUGAUCCACCACGUCAGAGAUUCUCUCACCCCAGCGCAGAUUAGAAAGACUGUGGAGGUCUACACAAGAAACCUGCAGGACAACUUUCCCGGCACCAGUUUCCAGACCAUGAGCGCGAAGCUUUUACUUAAUAUGGCAGAAUGCAUUGCCAAGAUGGAAAACAAGGAGGAUGCUCGACAUUUCUUGAUCAUGAUCCUGAACGCUAUUGGGGACAAGUUCGCCGCCAUGAACCGGCAGUACGCGAACGCUGUCAAGCUGUCCAAAGCAUACGCGAAGCAGACAAAAGACCAGGUCCCAGACACAUACCUCGCUGAUAAGGACGAUCCUCCGGACUGGGAUGAGGUCGACAUUUUCAAUGCGAUGCCUAUCAAAACAGCAAAUCCUCGGGAAAAGGGGGCAGAUCCUGUCAUUGACAACAAAUUUCUGUUCAAGAACCUGAUGAACGGUCUUAAGAACACGUUCUAUCAGCUCAAGGUUUGCAACCCUCCGCACGUCGUCGAGCAGGUGAAUGCGCCAGCGCAUUGGCAGGACGUUGCAUAUGGUUUCAGCCCCGAGGAAGUGCAGGUCAUUGUCAAACUCUUCAGGGAAGGUGCCUACGUGUUCCGAUACUACGAAAUCGAGAAGCCCAUUGGCGAAUCUCAAUACCAGUCUGCGGUUGAGUACAUGGCAAAUUUUUACAUGAACUCGAGCAGCAAGGAGGAAAAGGAGCUCUUGGAAACGUUUGCAACUGUGUUCCAUUGCAUUGACCCAGCUACUUUCAACGAGGUCUUCCAGCAGGAAAUUCCCCGCCUCUAUGAGAUGAUAUUCGACCAUACUGGGCUUUUGCACAUACCACAAUUCUUCCUAGCUAGUGAAGCGACAUCACCAAGCUUCUGUGGCAUGCUUCUCAGAUUCCUGAUGGAACACAUCGAGGAUGUCGGCUCAGCAGAUGUGAAGAAGGCGUCGAUACUUCUACGGCUGUAUAAGUUGGCGUUCAUGGCCGUCACUCUCUUUGCAGCUCAAAACGAACAGGUCCUAUUGCCUCACGUUGUGGACAUCGUCACAAAGUCCAUCGAGUACUCUACCAAGGCUGAGGAGCCAAUGAACUACUUCCUCCUCCUUCGUUCAUUAUUCAGAAGCAUUGGCGGUGGAAAAUUUGAGCAUCUCUACAAGAAGAUACUGCCGCUACUGGAGAUGCUGCUCGACGUUCUCAACAACCUGCUGAGGGCUGCUAGAAAGCCAGCCGAGCGAGAUCUGUAUGUGGAAUUGUGUUUGACGGUUCCUGCCAGGCUCAGCAAUCUGUUGCCUCAUCUAAGUUUUCUCAUGCGGCCGCUAGUAGUCGCUUUGCGCGCCGGGAGUGAUCUGGUCGGCCAGGGUCUACGGACGCUCGAGUUAUGCGUGGACAAUCUCACAGCGGACUACCUCGACCCCAUCAUGGCCCCAGUCAUGGAUGAGUUGAUGUCUGCGCUCUUUGAUCAUCUCAAACCAGCUCCGUAUCAGCACUUCCACGCCCACACAACAAUGAGAAUACUCGGGAAGCUAGGCGGUCGGAACCGCAAGUAUAUGACAGAUGCCAUUUCGCUGAGCUUCCAGCAAUUUGUCGAUGAUAGCCCAAGCUUCGAUUUGCGGCUACUAGGGUCAAAGAAAGAGAGGCCAUUCCCUGUCAACAUGGGCAUCCAGCUUGCUAUCCAGAAGCUUACGGAGGCCCCCAAACAAGUCAAAGGCGGCCCGUCCAAGCAGUUCGAUGCUUUCUACAAGGAGAAGGCGUUCCAUUUCCUCAAGGCGCAGCUCAAGUUGCGUAUUGGCUAUGAUAACCUGCCCGAGGACCUUCCGAGGCUAGUUCGCCUUCAAGUGCAGGAUUUACUGGCCCGAAAAACUGACGCCGACUUCUCGGUCUUUGAGAUCUCCGAUCGUGGACGCUCAGUUCCCAACAAAGAGGACCAAGAUAACGUGCUAAAGCGGCUCAUCAAGGCCAUGAUGUUUGCCAACUCUUUGCCUGACUUCAAGGAGGAAUCCAUGGCGUUCCUGUUGAAUCUUUGCCGCCACUUCGCGAUCAUCGAAGUAGGCAGAGCCCUUGUGGACUGCAAACGGAGCGCAAGUCCAUUUGAUGUGAACGCGGGCGAGGGUCCAAUGUGUCUAGACACGCGUGUCCUUUCCGAUGCAAUUCUUGAGUCACUGGCAUCCGACCACCCAGAUGUCCGCGAAGCCGCUAAACGAGCUAUUCAAGAGGUAUAUGAUUCUGCCUCCAUAAUACUUGGAUCCUCGAACAAUGUUGGCCGUCUGACAUUCUUCCACCAUCUUGGCUCGGUCCUCUGUCAUGGAUGCUACGAAGAAGAGUGGUUCACCAAAGCCGGUGGCUGUGCUGGCAUCCGCAUACUACUGACUGAUGUUGAUCUUGGAGACGCGUGGAUCACUUUGAAACAGAGUGAAUGCAUCAAAGCAUUACUGUUCGUGGUGAAGGAUAUGCCACAGGAUCUCCCUGAGAAUACGAGACGAUCUGCACAAGACACGCUGGACAUCUUGCUACACAGGAUCACGAAAAACAUCAAGAAGGAAGAUUGCCUGCCAGUGCCGCAGGAGAAGGGUCAGCAGCCACCGAAGCAGCCUCGAAUGGCUCACAUCUGUAAUGUGUUGAAUCAAGAGCUCCCACACAUGAACAAGCACGUUCGAGAGACCGCCAAACGCUGCCUUGAUAUCAUUGCCAAGGCAGCAGAUGCGCAGGUCUGGGAGUUACUUGAGCCUCACAGGGACCGUCUUCUGUCACAGAUCUACUCCAAACCACUCCGAGCUCUACCAUUCUCGAUCCAGAUCGGCUACAUUGAUGCGGUCACGCACUACAUGUCUUUGAAGCCUGAUUUCGUCAAGAUGGAUGAAAAUUUGACUCGUCUGCUCAUGGAAUCAUUGGCACUCGCUGAGGCAAGCGACGAGUCACUCGCCAACAAAGCCGCCGAGUUUCGGACACAUAACUACAUCGUGAAUCUUCGUGUGUCCUGCAUCAAAAUUCUCAGCACCGCUAUGGAUUUCGAGGAUUUCAUGAAGCCCAGUCAGCCCAAUCAGCCAAACAAGGAGAGAACUAGGAUCGUCGCAACCUUUUUCAAGUGCCUUUAUUUGCAUCCCACACCCAUCAUCGAUGCCGCUUACGAGGCACUGAAGACCGUCUUAUCCAUCAACAACAAGCUACCGAAAGAUUUGCUCCAAUCAGGUCUCAGGCCGGUUCUGGCCAGCCUCCAAGAUGCAAAGAGGCUAAGUCUUCAAGGCCUCAACAACUUGGCGAGGCUUCUCAAACUUCUAACGUCGUACUUUAAGGUCGAGAUAGGCACGCGCCUCCUUGACCAUGUCAAAAACCUCGCAGAUGGCAAUAUGCUGCAGCAAUUGUCUUUCACAUUCUUUGAGCAGAAUGAGAUGAUGGAGGUCAUCGCAGCUGUCUUCAAUAUUUUCCACCUGUUGCCGGCUGCAGCAGAAGGCUACAAAGAACGAAUCAUCGAGACGGCAUUGGAUCUGGAGGCGAAGCUACGGCGUACGCAUCACAGCCCUUUCCGCAAGCCAAUCUAUAAGUUCCUGAAUCGGUAUCCACAAGAGAUAUGGAAUUUGCUGUUGAACAAGAUCCGCGACAUCAAGUACGGACGGUUUUUCGCUCAGGUGCUCCGUCACGCCGACAGUGGUCCACUCCGGGAAUUUGCAGCAGCAAAUAUCCAAGCCUUGGUCCAGGCUUGCAAAGACGUUCCUGUUGACGAUCGUCCUGGUAGAUCCACCUCCAUGAUCAACGCCAUUACCAUGCUCGACGCACUCUGCCAGUAUUCUGCUACAGCGUGGAUGGCAAACAAGGACGCCCUCGCUUGGUUGAAGCAAGCAGGCAGUGAUCUUGAACGACAACUUCGCAACAACGAGGUGAUUGGUCCUUUGCGCCUUGCUGCUCAUCAAGGUGUAGAACAGGCCACAUGGAUCAUGACCAAAUAUCUCGAGCAGAACCCCAAAGAUCUUGAUGCUCUCUUUUCGUUGAUCGACUCUGUCACGACUGAGAACGUGAGACCAACACAGAGCCUGUAUUCUUAUCUGUACAACGGGGUUAUUUGCAACGAGUCGGUCGAAGUCUGGAAGUCAAUCGUUCUGCGAUGUCUUGACAUCUAUGCGGGCAAGACCGCAUGCCAGAAGACUAAACUGUUCUUGUUGCACAACAUUGUCAACCCUAUUCUGGCCAUGGACCUGAUGCGCCACUGGGACCAACCUGAGCAACGACCUAAUCGUUUGAUCGACCGAACCGUCAUUGAUUCCAUCAGCACGAAGAUCUGGAAGGUCAGUCUGGCUGAUCCCCAGGACGACCUCAGCCAGCCGGGCAUUGAUCACACGAGGAUGGAGGUUCUGCAGCUCUCGGCCUUCCUCAUCAAAUACCACAACACCAUCUUGCAGGAGGCACGCAAAGACAUAAUCAAGUUUGGAUGGACAUAUAUCAGACUCGACGACGUGAUCAACAAGCAUGCCGCCUACGUCGUUUUGUCCUACUUCAUCGCGCACUAUGACACACCAGCGAAGAUAGUAUCUCAGGUGUACUUUUCUCUGCUCAAAAACAAUCAGAACGAGGGACGCACGCUUGUUACACAGGCUUUGGAGCUGAUGGCGCCAGUCUUGCCGAAGCGAUGCGGCUCAAUCCAGGCCAACGAGCGAAACGCAGUAUGGUCCGCUGCUCCUCGACGCAUUCUGUCUGAGGAGGGACAAAAUGUUCAGCAAAUGACCAGCAUCUUUCACUUCCUCGUGCGGCAUCCGGAUCUUUUCUACGAGACUCGCGACAAGUUCUCCAUUCUCAUCAUUCAGUGUUUGCGAAAAGUGGCGAACUUCCCCAACCCAUCGUUUGAGAGCAGACGCCUUGCCCUUAACAUGAUGUGGCUGAUUUGGGAGUGGGAACAGAGGCGAGUCACUGGAAGGACCGCAAGUUCCUUGCGCAUGGCGUCCCAAUCCCAAUCGCCUAUUGCCAAGAAGCGCAAACUUGAUGAGAUAUCAAAUUCGUCGCCUCCAGCAGUCAGACAGACUGCUGCCGUCGAGAAGACCGAGUAUCAGAUUCCUGCACCUGUGCGUCAGAAGAUGGUCAAAUACCUGGUCGAGUUCAUUGCCCAGCUGAACGAGCGAUACUCUUUGCCAUCAAGUAAAGCAAAGGACGCACCAGUCACGGCCAGCCAUUCCAUAUCCACAGAGCUCAACAAGAAGGCGAUGACUCUCCUGUACAACCUUUUGCAGCCAGAGUACUGGGCCGAUCUCGACGUCGACUUGUUCCCCAACGUCACUGAUGUGGUCCUUGCUAGCGAUAGGACGACUCAGAUCCUCAGUAUCGAUCCAGAGAACAAAGAGAGGUACGACGAGAAGUUCAUUACCAACAUCAUCAAUACGCUUCAAGUGGUGCGCAUCAUUCUGGAUUCAAAGUCAGAUGAAUGGGUCUUGAAGAAUAUGAGCCAGAUCCAGAAGAUUCUUGAGAAAUGUCUAAGGUCAGAAAACCCUGAGCUGCAGGAUUGUCUUCACUUGGCAGACCCGAAGUACGAUGACGGUCGGGAGAUUCGAGCGACUGUCAAGAGGAUCCUUGACGCUGUGCCCACUGCUGCGGAGGAUGUGCAGAUGGAAGACGCCGACGCUGAGGGUGAGCCCGAAUCCCAAACGUCUGAAGUCAUCACUUUCCUCUCCAACAUCGGGACGGAGACAAUGGCGGCCGCGAAUUACGUUGCGGGCAUCAACAUCCUUUGGUCACUAGGCAAUCGACGUCCAUCGGCUAUCGACCCUCACAUUCCAGCCAUCAUGAAAUCAUUACAGUCUAAACUGGCUAGGGACCACGUAUCUCACUACACCGCCAUCAGUCACGAAGGAAACGCACCUCCUCGUGCUCCAGACCAAAAUCCGCCUGCCAAGAUGGACGACUACGAUCUUGAGAUCCAGACUGGCUUGAUGCUCAAGGCCAUUGAUGUCACUGCAAAGCGAAUGGAGAUUCUCGGGGACAAUCGUAGGCCGUUCCUCAGCGUCCUGGCUACGCUUGUGGAGAAGUCUUUGCAUAUACCGCUGUGUGAGAAGAUUCUAGACAUGGUCGAAGGCUGGAUCUUCCGGUCAGAAGGGACGUGGCCUACCCUUAAGGAGAAGACGGCUGUCUUGCACAAAAUGUUGACGUUCGAGCACCGCGCCGACACGACGAUGCUGACAAAGUACUUGGAUCUUGUGCUCCGCAUAUAUGAGGACCCGAAAAUAACCAGGACCGAGCUGACUGUGCGUAUGGAGCACGCUUUCCUGAUUGGUACUCGGGCGCAAGACAUCAACAUGCGGAAUCGUUUUAUGGCACUUUUGGACAAGAGUUUGUCCAAGACUGCCAGUGCCCGCUUGUUGUACGUCAUCAAUACACAGAACUGGGACACAUUGGGUGAGACUUUCUGGCUUGCUCAGGCUUCACAACUGCUUCUCGGUUCCGUAGAAUCGAACAGCAGCCUUCACUUGCACCACGAUGACUUCCGAACCUUGCCUGCCUCUCGACUCUUUGGCAACUAUGCAAAGGACUCAAGACAGCCGACUGCAAUCUCAGAUGACAAGUAUGAGGCUUUCAUGGCCAAUCAUCGUCGCUUCAUGUCCGAGCUCGGCGAUGUCAAGGUUCGGGAUAUUAUAGAACCACUCACACAAAUGCAGCAUGUUGACUCGAACCUCGGCAAAGAACUCUGGGAGACAUUGUUCCCAAUGUACUGGUCUGCAACGACGAGGGAGGAACGUGAGGAAAUCAAACGCGGCCUGGUGCUGCUGUUGACCAAGGACUACCACCAGCGGCAGCUUGACAAGCGUCCCAACGUGAUCCAGGCUUUGCUCAAGGGCGCUGCGAAGGCAUCUCCUGAGUGUAGGAUUCCUCCACAUGUCUUGAAGUACGCGGCUCAGACUUUCGACGCUUGGUACACAGCGCUUGUUCAGCUUGAAGAUGCCGCAAUCGACCUAGAGGCAUCGGAUCCACCCACAGUCAGGGAGAGCAACCUGAAUGCGCUCGUCGAGAUAUACGCCAAUUUGAAGGAAGAUGACUUCUUUUAUGGCACCUGGCGCCGUCGCUGUCAAUUCUUGGAAACCAACAGCGCUCUGUCCUACGAGCAGAAUGGCUUGUGGGACAAGGCUCAGAAGAUGUAUGAGAUAGCGCAGGUCAAGGCUCGCACUGGUGCUCUCCCUUUCUCUCAAGCCGAAUACACACUGUGGGAGGACCAUUGGGUUCUGUGUGCUCAGAAAUUGCAGCAAUGGGAGAUUUUGCAGGACUUCGCCAAGCACGAGCAUCUCCAGGAUCUCCUGUUGGAGUGUGCAUGGCGCAACACGGAAAUGUGGCAAUCGCAAGAGAAUAGGGAUCAUAUCGAUGCCAUGAUCAAAGGCCUUAUGGAUGCACCGACUCCGCGUCGAUCUUUCUUCCAGGCGUUCAUGGCCUUGCGCAAGCUUCACAACAAACAGGAGACUCAGCCAGAUUUCCAGAGAUAUGUCGACGAGGCUAUUCAGCUUGCGAUACGUAAGUGGCAUCAAUUGCCGAAGCAGCCUACGCAUGCACACGUCCCCUUGCUACAGAACUUCCAGCAACUGGUGGAGUUGCAUGAUGCCAGUGUCAUCUGUACAAGCCUCGCCGGUACGACCCAACAGAACUUGGAUGUUAAAUCUAGUGAACUUAAAUUGCUUCUGGGUGGAUGGCGUGACCGACUUCCUAACGUCUGGGACGACAUCACUGCUUGGCAAGACCUUGUCACCUGGCGGCAGCACAUCUUCGGCCUCAUCAACCAGACGUAUCUCGGACUUCUGCCUCAACAGGGCCAGAACGCCGGAGGCUCUUCCUUUGCGUACCGAGGAUACCACGAAACGGCCUGGAUCAUCAACCGUUUCGCCCAUGUUGCCAGGAAGCACAACUUGGCAGAUGUUUGCAUCAGCCAACUUGGUCGCAUUUAUACCCUACCCAACAUCGAGAUCCAGGAAGCAUUCUUGAAGCUGCGGGAGCAGGCCAAGUGCCACUACCAAAACCCCAAGGAACUCAACAGUGGGUUGGAAGUCAUCAACAACACCAAUCUUGGUUACUUCAGUCCAGGCCAGAAAGCAGAGUUCUACACACUGAAGGGUAUGUUCCUCGAGAAACUUAGCCAGAAGGACGAAGCCGACAAUGCGUACGGCACCGCUUUGUACUUCGACAUCGGAGCAGCAAAGGCAUGGGCUGAAUGGGGUUACUUCAACGACCGAAAGUUUAAGGACGAUCCCGCCGACCUCAAUUCUGCCCGCCAAGCACUUACGUCUUACUUACAGGCGGCAGGCAGCUACAAGAACGCGAAGUCGAGGAAGCUCAUUGCCAGGAUUCUUUGGCUUCUCAGUAUGGAUGAUGCCAAUGGAACCAUUUCUGCCGGAUUCGAUGACUUCAAGGGUGACACGCCGACCUGGUACUGGAUCACGUUCAUUCCUCAGCUACUUACUGGGCUCAGCCAUAAGGAAGCAACGCGCGUCCAUUCCAUACUCUUGAAGAUUGCGAGGUCUUACCCCCAGGCUCUCUACUUUCAGUUGCGGACCAACAGGGAGGAUAUGAUGGUUAUCAAGAAGAACCAUGAGGCCAAGAAGCAAAGGGAAAGACAACAAUCGGUGGGCGGGAACAAACCUGCAGGCUCCCCGGCCCUGCAGAGACAAGAGACUCCCAACGCGCCAAAGCAAGAAGGAGAAUCGGGCUCACGACCUGCGACUGCCAACGGGGAGGCUAAUGCCCAACCUAAGACGGAGGGCGGCGAGACAAAUGGCACAGCGGCGACUCCUACCACAGCAGGGCCCAAUGGCUCGACACCAGCUCCCGGCGAGCAACAAGCAGAGGCUGGCCAAAAGAAGUUCCCGUGGGAACUGACCGAAGAGAUCAUGUCCCAGCUCAAGACGGCCUUCCCACUCCUGGCGCUCUCAAUGGAGACCAUGGUUGACCAGAUCCAGAAGCACUUCAAGUGCCCGCCAGACGAAGAUGCGUAUCGGCUAAUUGUAGCUCUCCUUAAUGACGGGCUGGCCUAUGUCAGUCGCAUGCCAACGUCGUACGCCAAGGGCACGAAGCUACCUCAGGCCACAGAGACGAACAUCACUCGAUUUGCUGAGACGAUACUGCCGGCUCACAUUCGAAAGACGUUUGAGGCAGAUUUUGUGACCUUCAAGCCUACGAUGUUCGAAUACAUCCACAAGUUAAGGAAGUGGCGAGACAAGUUCGAGGAGAAGCUAGACAGACGCAACCCAAAAAUGUCUUUAGAGGCUUACACGACGCUCUUGAGUGAGUUCAAGUACCAGAAGUUCGACGAAGUUGAGGUCCCCGGCCAGUACUUGCAGCUCAAGGACAAGAACCAAGACUUCAUCCGCAUCGAGCGAUUCAUUCCCACGGUUGAUUUGGUUCGAAUGAUUGGUGUGUCUCAUCGGCGACUGAAAAUCCGAGGCCACGAUGGCAGCAUUCAUCCCUUCGCGGUUCAACAUCCCGCGGCUAGGCACUGCCGCAGAGAGGAGAGGAUUGUUCAGUUGUUCCGACAGCUUAACCAGAGGCUGAGCAGGAAAAAGGAAAGCCGUCGCCGCGAUUUACAGUUCACCCUGCCGCUGAUGGUACCAUUGGCACCGCACAUUAGGAUUGUGCAGGAGGACACGUCUUACAUCACACUUCAGGGUAUCUUCGAAGACCAUUGCAGACGCAACAGCCUCUCCAAGGAUGACCCUGUAUUGUUCAUUAUGGACAAACUCCGGGCACUCGGGGAAUCUAAAGGGAAGACGGGUGAGCAUAGCGCUACAGCGCGGCUGGAGAUCCAGAACGCCAUCCAGGACAAAUGGGUGCCACGCACCGUGGCUCUUGACUACUUCCAGAGGUCAUAUAUGGACUAUGCCGACUUCUGGUUGUUCAAGCGCCGCUUCUCAUACCAACUGGCCGCGCUGACGUUCAUGACGUAUGUCCUGUUCAUCGAUAAACGAUACCCACAAAAGAUACACAUUGCCCGAGGCACCGGCAACAUCUGGAGCUCCGAGCUCCUGUCGUCCAUGACGAACAGUCGGCCCUACUUUGGCACUGCAGAGCCGGUGCCGUUCCGCCUUACACCGAACAUACAGACGCUGAUGGGCCCGUUGGCCACUGAAGGCGUCUUUGGGUGCUCAAUCAUGGCGAUUGCAAGAUGUCUUACGGAGCCCGAGUUUGAGCUUGAGCAUGCGCUCACCCUCUUUGUCCGCGACGAGGUCAUGUUCUGGUUCACCAGCAGCCACAGAAUGGCACACCUUAACGAGGGACAUCUGAGGGAGACGGUGCAGACCAACUGCGACCUGAUUGUCAAGAGGGCCGUCAGCCUCGCGACGGUCCCUGAGGGAACACUGCCUGCAAACCAGACCGUUAUUGACCUCAUCAGUAAGGCUGUGAACCCCAUUAAUCUUGCCAUGAUGGACGCGCUGUGGCAGGCGUAUCUCUAG